CCCACCCUCUCCUUUGAACGUGGGGCCUCUACAUUCCAGUUUCCUGGGUAAAAGUGGGCGGGGUACAGAGUACGCUAUGCACCGAUCCUGUGGAUUGUUGACCGUCUUCCCCAUUGUUCGUGGUCUUCAAUGCCAUUUUUGAGGUGCCUUUAAGAAACAGGCCAGAGGGCGGAAGAAGACCCAGCUGGGCUGACCUCUGCCCAGCUUCUACGUGGUGCUGAACUUUAGUCAGCUGAUAAGAUAGGCAGCAGCUGUUCUUCUUUGACUUCCAGUGCCUUCUACCCUGAAAAUGUUUUCCAGUGGAAUCGAGACUGAAGCCAACGUCCCAGCUGAUGGGGAACCAGUUCAGCAGAGCGUAGUCAACAGGGUGGUCAGUAUGCCGCUUGUCAGUUCCACCUGUGACAUGGUCUCUGCAGCUUAUGCGUCCACUAAGGAAAACUACCCUUACGUCAAGUCUGUGUGUGGCCUUGCCGAACAAGGGGCAAAGACUCUCGCCGCAGCCGCUGUCAGUGGGGCCCAGCCGCUCUUGUCCAAACUGGAACCUCAGAUUGCAUCAGCCAGUGAGUAUGCUCAUAAAGGACUGGACAGACUGGAGGAGAAACUGCCGAUUCUUCAACAGCCAAGCGAGAAGGUCAUAGCUGAUACUAAGGAACUCGUAUCUUCCAAAGUGACUGGUGCCAAGGAUGCAGUCUCCAGUACAGUUUUUGGUGCCAAGGAUGCAGUCUCCAGUACAGUUUUCGGUGCCAAGGAUGCAGUCUCCAGUACAGUUUUCGGUGCCAAAGAUGCUGUGGCCCACAGAGUGACCGAGGCUGUGGAUAUGACCCGAGGAGCUGUCCAGAGUGGGGUAGACAUGACCAAAUCGAUGGUAACCAGCAGUGUCAAUACGGUUAUGGGGUCCAAAGUAGGACAGAUGGUCCUCAGUGGCAUGGAUACUGUGUUAGGAAAAUCUGAAGAAUGGGUUGACAACUAUCUGCCUAUGACAGAUGAAGAGCUAGCUAAGAUUGCUACCUCCCUGGAAGGGUUUGAAGGGACAGAAGCCUCUGUCCAGCAGCAGAAGGAGCAACAGGGUUAUUUUGUCCGUCUUGGCUCCCUAUCCUCCAAGCUCCACCAGCGGGCCUACCAGCACUCCUUGGGCAAACUGAGGCAGACUAAACAGAAUACCCAGGAGGCCCUCCUGCAGCUCUCUCAGGCCAUCAGCUUGAUUGAAAAUGUAAAGCAAGGUGGUGUUCAGAAAUUGCUUGAUGGCCAAGAUAAACUCCACCAAAUGUGGCUAAACUGGAACCAGAAGGAACUCAAGGACUCUGGCGAUGCUUCCCCUGCUGCUGCUGCUGUUGCUAAACCUGAACAGGUGGAGUCUCGUACCCUCACCAUGUUCCGGGAUGUCACCCAGCAGCUUCAGGGCAACUGCUUACAGCUUGUAUCCAGUAUCCAAGGCCUUCCUAGCAACAUCCAGGACAAAGUACAGCAGGCUCGCACACAGGUUGAAGAGCUUCAGGCCACCUUUUCAGGAGCCCAGACCUUCCAGGAUCUUUCCAGUAGUGUCCUGACCCAGAGUAGAGAGCGGGUCAACAAGGCCCGAGAGUCCCUGGAUGAGAUGCUUGAAUAUGUCGCUCACAACACACCCCUCACGUGGCUCGUAGGACCCUUUUUUCCAUCUGGCCAGACCUCUAGUGAGUCAGAGAAAAUUCCAGAGAAGAUGGAGACCAACUAGAGACUGCAGCCAUGUGCAGACAGGAGUAGAUAGGAUCUUAACCCAAUUUCUGAGAUUCUUUAUCAGAAAGCUGGAUUUGUCUUUAAAAUCUAACUCUUGGCAAGUGGGGUUAUAAUACUUCCUGAUCAUUCUCUCAGCUUAAAGAAACCAGCUGACCAGAGCUACCCUAAAAUAAACUGUCCUGCAGUUCACAUGUAUUGAUUCUAGUUAAGAUAGGGGAAAUGGAUCUUCCAGUCACAUCUGCAGGGUCAGGAUUUAAACAGAGAGUAGUAAUGUAGCCUCUCUAGACCUCAUCCCCGAGUGACCAGGAUGUGGCUGAACUCAAAGCAAUAGCCCAUGCUUGUCUUUCCAUGAACCCUUCCCUAUUCCUUGUAGAAAUUAUACUUUGCUCAUUGAAGCAGGUGGCUUAGAGAUUAGUAGACUAGUAACAACCUUUCUAUAGGAAUAGAAGGUAAGCUCCCUGGUUUUUGGUGGGGAGAAUGGGGGACAUGACAUUUUUCUUUCUUUUCAAAUCCCACCAACCUUUGUUGUAGACAGACUAGUUUUUGUACUAAUCUCUGUUGCCUCAAAUAAAUCUUACCUGCCAUGAA